GCCGGUGCAUCCAGUGCAGAAUCAACUUCGAAAGAUUAACGACGUGUCCGCAGAGUUCUUCAAGUCAACACCUAAAAACAGAACAUCCGCCAAAAUGUCAGUCAUUCGCACCAUGUCCGAUUAUCACAAGAAGAUCGAGGCGGCAAGUGACAAACUGGUCGUCCUGGAUUUCUACGCCAACUGGUGCGGUCCCUGCAAGGAUAUGGACAGUACGGUGAAAUCGCUGGCCAGGAAGUACUCCUCCAAGGCCGUGGUUCUCAAGAUCGAUGUGGACAGGUUCGACGAGCUGACGGAGCGCUACAAGGUGCGCAGCAUGCCCACCUUCGUCUUCAUCAAGAACAAUCGUCGUGUGGCUGCUUUUUCUGGAGCGGAUGAGCAUAAGCUCUCCAACAUGAUGGCCAAACUGGUAAAAACCUAGAAAACGCAGUGAAUAAUCUUAAUUCGGAGCAGGCUCUCAACUAGAUUUUAACCAAUGUUCCCCGUAAAAGUGUUCUUUUUGUAUUCGUUAUAAGUCGUGUCAUAUGUAAUUGUAUAGCUCGUAAGCGAUGUGGGAGUAGGAGAUGCGCGUGUGGUCAUAAAAACUAGAUUAUUAAAAACAAAAUACGGGCUAAAACCCAAAACCUAACCUCAAUAUGAUGUAAAUGUAUGCUUUAGGGCGUGGAGGCGUGUCUGCGACAUAACCUCUUAGGUCUGAGAAAUGUAAUCUGUUUUAAACUCAACUCGAAAUGCCUUUUGGACAAUCAAAAUAGCUUUAAGGUUAGGCACUUAGCAAUUCGAUCAAUAAAUUGUAACCACUCUGACUAUAA